AUGGGGCCCAAGUUUCUAGGAGUGUCUCACUUGUUUUUUGCGGAUGACAACAUUUUGUUUGCUAGAGAAACGCUUCAGCAAAGCUCCGAAAUUGCUGAUAUUAUCAGUAAAUACGAACGGACAUCUGGUCAAAAAAUCAACUUCAAUAAAUUUGAAGUUUUCUUUAGCAAGAAUAUUGGGGUAGUAAGGAGAGGCGAGAUUCUGAAUAUUCUAGGAGUUAAGGAGGUGGAGCGGCAUGUAAAAUACUUAGGCCUCCCGACAAUCAUCGGUAGAUCAAAGAAAGCAGUGUUUCCGUGCAUAAAGGAACGUGUCAGGAAGAAGUUACAGGGUGGAAAGAGAAGCUUCUUGCUCUCCCGCAAAAAGAGGUGCAUAAAAGCAGUUGCUCAAGCAAUCUCGACUUACAUGAUGUUUGCCUUCCAGAUGGAUCUUUUAGUUGAGAUAAACUCCAUGUUGCCCGGCUCCGGUGGGGUUCGAACAAUACUCGGCGGAAAAUGCAUUGGGUUUGUUGGGGAAAAUUGUGUCUCCCGAAGAGCAUGGGUGGAAUGGGAUUCCUGGACUUGA